GGUCAUGUCUCGAAGGGAUCCGACUUUUUCUCUGCUCUCGCGCCUCGCGAGAAUUUCGGCGUACCGUUCCCUCGCCUCUACAACCGUGUUACCGGUGUUCAAUUUGGCUAUACGUUUACACAGCCUGGUUGAGAGACCCAAUUCCGAUUUUUUGCUUACAUGUGGCACAGAUAUGUAUUAUGAAUGUCUAAACAGGAAAAAAGCACUUGGAAUCGGAUAUUUAUUGUAUGUGGGGCGAUGCGAUAUUGAACACAUCCAUCCAUCCAUCCAUUAUCUGUACCCACUUAUCCUGGGCAGGGUUGUAGAUGGUGCUGGAGCUGAACACAUACAGGAUUUUUAAAAUCCGAUUUGAGUGAUACCAACAGUUGCCCCCACUCCUCCUCUCAUACAAUUUAGGACAAUUAGAGCCCUUCACCUCCAAACCUGACCACUGAAGAGUCAGUCUGAGAGAGUAUGCUCUUUAUUACUCUCACUCAAUACACUCAUACUCACUCACACAGUGUGACAUCCUUGAUUAUAUGGCAGUGUGAAGCUUGCAAGGAAAACAAAUAAACAAUUAAAUCAACGUGCCAUUUAGGUGCACAACACUUGUGUCCAUGGCUGAAAAUAUGUAUUGCACUAAAACUGUUAUUAAAUCAUGCAAUAAGUUUUUUUUUUUUUUUUUUUCUACGUUGGUCAAAACGGGUCUAAUGCAUUGGACCUGAGUUUCAAUUAAUCAAGCCUAUUUCAGAUAUGUGAAAUGGCUUUAGCCAGUGGCCAUUGGAUUGACAAGGAAAUCAAAGGAGGACCACCAAACCCCAGAUAUGGCCAUGCUAUUGCUGUAGCAAGGAAUGUAGUAUUCUUGUUUGGAGGUGUUUCAACAAUGAACUCCCUGGAAGAUAAGCCAGUGUAUUUGAAUGAUUUAUACAUGAUCACCGUUACACCAACUAGCAUCGUCUGGGACGUGAUGACUCAGAAUGGACAAAUACCAGCUGCUAGAGAAGGACACAGUCUUUGUAUGGUUAAAGGGAAGCUCUACCUAUUUGGUGGCUCAUCAGUUCCACAAGCCAGAGAAUGUCUCCCAGGAGUCUAUUGCUUUGACAUUGAGCUUCUUACAUGGGACGACUUGAAGGCAGGCGGAGUUCCUAUGAGAACCUUGAAGCACAGCUCGGCCACUGUGGGUGACAACAUAUAUGUCUUUGGAGGGAUUCUGGAUGGCGUUGCCAGAGAUGAUCUUCUGAUGUUCAAUACAGUGUCAAAGACCUGGACUCCAAUCAAGACCACAGGGGAUGUGCCACCUGCAAGAUUUAAUCACAAUUUUGCAGUAGUCAAUGAGCAGAUCUACUUGGUUGGAGGUUGCUCAGUGGAUGACCGCUUGUUCAAAGAUGUUCACAUUCUGAAUACGGGUACCCUCGUGUGGCAGAAAUGUGACGUGAAAGGAGAGUUCUCUCCUGCCUGCAGAGGUCAAACUCUCACAGCCCAUCAUGACAAGGACAUUUACUUGUUUGGGGGAAUUUGCCUCAGUGAAAAUGGAGUUGUAACUUCAACAAAUGAAAUACACAAGUUAAGCAUUGCAAAAAUGAAAUGGAAGGUUCCGCUCUAUGUAGGGAUUCCUCCGGCCAGUCGCUACGGCCACACAGCGUUCAUCAUCCACAGCCAUCUUUAUGUGUUUGGAGGCAAAAAUGAAGUUACAGAAUUCAAUGACAUAAAGAUUAUGAAAUUAAUCAACCCCUCGGAAAGACAGCCAGUAAUGAAAGAGAUCCUGUCUGAAUUUGGAAUCCAAGGUGUUAGUAACGGAUUUGCACCUACAAGAAUUCCCAAUGUCAAGUACGAGCUGAGUGAUUCUACUUUUCCUGCAAGAAUGGAACCCUUGCCUCAUGUUCAAACUACAGACCACAGAGAUUUCAGCAUUGCACGUAAUGAGGCCUUGAACAUGAUCCGUAAGGCAUUCUCCAUGCUAGACGAGGAGUUUCAAAAGCUGGACUGUGAAAAGUCAAAGCUUGGUCAAGCUGCAGUUGCUCUGCAGUAUGAGAGAGAAGCUUUCAAUGCUCAUCAUCAAAAACAGCAGCAGGAACUUCAGGAAAUGCUGGAGAGACACAAGGCCCAGAAUGAAGCCUGGCUACGAGCGCGGGCAGAAGAGAACGACAGGGAGAGAAGGGAACUGUGCAGACUGAGGGAGGAUGUGCUGCUGGAGCAGGAUAAACUGAAAGAAGAGCAGAAGAACAUUCAGAAACGAAGUGAACAGCUUCUCUCUAUCAUGCAACAGUUCAAAGGCAUGUAAAGGCAAUGUCUUAGCCACAUCGUCACUGUUAGCACCCAGAUUUGCUUAAAUGGUUUGCUUGAUCACUGCAGGGUUGAUAAUGCACAUCUUUUAUAAAACAGACUUGUGUUUUUGUCUGUUUGUAUUUAAAUUUUUGAAAUAGCUGUGAUUAACUGUCUGUGUCCAUUCAGAGUACUUUUUAAAAACGGUCAUCGUAUUCUUGAAGCAACACGAUCACAAGUUGACACAGACAAACAAAUUAAUAAAAAAAAUAGUUGAGAUUUGUUUUUGGAAAACUGACUUG